AAAUAAACCCUAGUUCGUUAAGUUUUUCAGUUGACAAGAAAUGAGAACACAGGCAAAGUCAAUGGCUUCCUCAUCCUCCUACAUGUCCGCGAGAUCAUCUUCUACCCACAGAAGAUUUGCUCAAACCUCAGCCAACCAGGCGGCUCCUGGACCUCUCCACCAUGACGUGGACCCAGCUCCAAACCCAAAACCAGUUUUCCGGUUCCUAGCAUUCGGGCUCAUCAUUUUUCUGGGAUUCCUCCAAUACUUCUUACCCGCCACCCAUUUCCGGGACCCUUCUGAUCCUCUCAGAAAAUGGAUUCCACUCAAUUCCUCUUCCUCUUCUUCAAAUUCGAGAAAUUCUGGUGAUGGAAGCUCCAGUUCAAUCUCAAGUAAUGAUGGAGAUGAUGGAAAGGUGCACGUCGUGUCAUGGAUUGAAUGUCUUGACCUUCGAAUGCUUGCAGUACUUGCAAAUUCAACUCUAUCAAACUCCAAAUAUCCAGAUUCACUUUAUUUUCAUUUCUUUACACCUGAGGGGAAUAAAGACAGAGUUUCACUUUAUAAGUUGAAAGUAUUAUUUCCAUACUCAAAUAUUGAAAUCCAUGGGCAGGAGGAAGUGAAAGAACUAGUUAAGACUGCUACUUCUGAGGCAGAGUAUGCCAAACUCAAUCUUGAGGAAAUAGCACCUUUUGUCAUACCAAGCAUCCACCAGUUACUGAGAAAAUUCAUUUUUAUCUCACCAAAUGUCAUUUUGAAGGGAAGGAUAGAGGAAAUAACUGGAGUUGGUUUAAGCUUGCAUGCUAUUGCAGCUGCUGAGGAUUGCUCUAAAAGAUUGAACACUUACGUUAAUUAUCAUGUUUUGGAUGCUAUUCAAAGAUCAGCCUCAAAGCCUUGGGUACCACAGACAAGUUAUCCAAAAGAUGCUUGUAUGCCUGACUUAAGUUUGCUACUGAUUGAUGCAAGAAAAUUAAAAAGGGAAUUUCUAGAGGCUAUCUUGUGGUGGAGUAAAGUUCUGAAUUGGAGUGAAAGGAAUGGUAAAAAGAAUCCAGCAAUUGCCUUGGUACUCCACAACAGAUAUCACAAGCUUUCUGAUUCUUGGUUAGUCAAGGAUUCAACUUCACAUGAAGUCACGAAUAUGAGUAUGAUCAUUAAUUAUGAUGGGCCCAAGAUUGCUUGCUCUGAAUAUGGAGGUGGCAUCCACAUCAAUCAACAAUCAUAUGAUGGAAAUUUAUGGAAGCAGUACCUUCCUCCAAAGUCAGAUCGGAUCUUCGAUGGCUAGCAUUUCACUUCUGCCCAUGAAGUGGAUAAGUUGAAUGAAAUUUGACUGGCCUUAUGCUUUGCGUGAAGUUCAAUGCAUAAAUCUACUGAAACUAUGGACUUUGUUCAUAGGUUUUACAUGUAAAAUGCCAAGCACAUUGCUAUUGUAAGAUGAUUGAUAUAUUUCAUGAAUGUAGACAUAACCGUUAUAUAUCAUUUCAGGAAUGUAAAAUGCUAAGUGCAUUGCUAAUUUCACGUAUUGUAUACUCUGAUAUCAAUGGGUUCUGAUGAUUGAUAUAUUUCAGGAAUGUAGGCAUAACUAUUUUUCCAUCAAUAAGACUGAAUCUGUACU